GCGUGGUGCAGGUGCAUUGCAACAGCGCAUUCGCAUCAGGACAUAUUCGAUUACCCUUACAGAGUUACCUUCUAGCAUCAUGCCGAAGAGGAAAGCUGCAGCCGCCAAGCUGACCGGUUUGGCUGGCUCCGAUGACGAGGAUAGUCUCAUACCAGCGGUCGAGAAAGCACGCGAAGAGCCGCCGGCAAAGAAACGCAGGGGGAGACCAAGGUCGCUGUCAUCUUCCAAGGGUGCGGAGAUUAUGGCCAACAUGAAGGGGGGUGCACGCGCCGCAACGGCGGAGGCAGCUCCGAGGAGGACUACACGGGGAAGGCCCAAGGGCCAACGAGUGUCGACAGACUCGCAUGAGGCAGAAGUCGGCGAAGGGAAAGACAGCGACAAAGAAGCGGAGGGAGCAGUUGAAGAGACAAGCAAGCCAUCGCGAUCGAGGAAGCCUGCAGCUACUCGGGGCAAGAGGAAAGUCAGCGAGGUGAAACAAGUGCAGAAUGAUGGGGAGUUCGAGUACACACCCGGACGGUCACGACCGAUCGCGUCGUCUGAUGUAGCCGCGCUCAAGAAAUCCGAAGAGGGUCCGAAAAAGAAACGGGGGAAGGUCAACAUCGCCGAGGUCGAAGAAACUAUCCCGGAGACACAAGUGAUUCCAGAGGUCGACGAGACGGUCCUUGCAGAAGAACCGGCGCGAGCUCGCUCGGUGACAGCAUCUCCGACGAAAGCUGGCUACGAUAGACGGGUGUCGCGGGCGCUGCAAGAGUCUCCCCGCAAAGGCAAUGCCAACGGUGUCCAUAAGGGACAGACAGAACCCGAACUCAGACGAAAGAUCGGCGAGCUGAACAAGAAGUGCGAAACACUUGAGACAAGAUACCGGAACCUGAAAGAAAUCGGCAUCGUUGAGGCGAACGCCAAUAUGGACAAACUACGCAAACAGAUGGACCUGCUGAAAUCAGCGUCGAGUGAUCUGGUGGAAUCUCUCGAGGCCGAAUUAGAGGAACAAAGGGCCAUCAAUAAGCAAACACGGGCUCUGCAGAAGCAGCUAAAAGACCGAGACAGCGACGUCGCUCGCCUGGAGUCUCACAGCGAGGACCUGAGUGCAAAACUGACCUCCGCCUGGGCGGAGGUCAAGGCUUUGCAGACCAAACUCGCUGCUGCUCGCAACACAGCUGCCAGCCUUGAAACGGUCGCCGCAAAGGUCCCCGGCAGCGCGAUCAAGAACACUGCUGCCAACCGGGCACAUGCCGCUGCUACUGCUGAAGCCGCCCAGAUGGCGCAGUUUGCCCAGCUCAAGGAAGAUCUCUACAGCGAUCUGACGGGGCUGAUUAUCCGCGAUGUGAAGAAGCGGGAGUCUGACCAUCUGUAUGACUGCAUCCAGACCGGACACAACGGAACUCUUCAUUUCAAGCUGGCCGUGCCUCAGGUUCCCGCAGGCGAGUUCCAGAGCGCCAAGUUCCACUACGUGCCGUUGUUGGACGAGAGUCGUGACCGCGAUCUCCUCGAAUUGCUUCCGGAUUAUCUUGCCGAAGAUAUUGAAUUCGCCCGGUCGCAGGCGGCGAAUUUCUAUACUCGUGUGAUUGAGGUUCUAACAAAACGACGAGCUUCAUUGGGCUAACGCCCUACAUCGUAUAUACAACACGUACCCUGCCCCUUUUUGGUCCUUUCUCCUUCUUUUAUCACCGAGAGGUCUAUCUAUUCUCUAUUUCCUUCUAGCGUUGGUGCACUCCAUCCUGUUUUUUUUUUGCAUAUUCUCUGGUGGGUAUUGCCAGGUAUUACUAGUAUUUUGGUCUACAAAAUGCAACAGUAGCUCUUCAACGAA